AUGGCGGUUCGAUUUGUUCAUACUCGACGUUCGCUACCAGUUCCCGCCAUGCGAUCUGUGAAUCCAUUUUCAUUGUCGUUAUCCGGAUUAUUAUCAGAAAAUGUACAACAGCAUCAAGUGAUGAAUCGGGAAAGCGAAGAGUUUCUGGGGGUCACGCCAUGUGCGGGUGAUGUACUGCGACGUGUCACUGAAAUCGCUGUUUGGCCAGCUGUGGGAGGAACUUUUGCUAUUGAAGUCAUUCGAUGUACUUAUAUGAAUGUAUGA